AUGUGGUUAUCCUAUUUUAGUAUGAACGUUUCACUGACCACCUCAUUCGACCAGCUGUACUCUCCGCAGACGCUUGCGGAGCAUAACAAUCGGCAGCACAAUAUAGAAGCAGUGAGCUACAUCACCAAUGGCCUCUUUUCGGUACUGAUCAACUGCAUGGUGCUGGUCGUGGCGCGAAUGACCAAGCCUUAUGGAAAACAGAUGCUGCUUCUCUCAGCGUUCGCGUUCAGCGUCUUCCUCGUCAGCUGCGGUUACUUGGCUGAUGGCCUGCGCCGAGUGGCUUACAGUAACAGCCGCGCUGGAGAGAUGGCCAUCCGCCAGUGUUUCUUCGUAGGGGUGCAUCUGCCGUUGUUUUACAUCGGUGAAACGGCCGAAAGCUUUCUGCUGCUCCACCUGUCGUUCGACCGCUUCCUGGCCAUGAUUUCGCCCGCCUUCUACAGUAGGCUGAACUUCCAAGUGACCAAGCGGUGUUUUCUGACCGAAUACGCCGUCGCAGUGGCAUCCAGCGUGACGAUGAUGGUGAUCAUCGUUGUUCUGUACGGAGACGACGUGAUCUUGGCCCAAUGCUACUUCGGCGACGCGAUACCGAAGCCAAUCAAAAAGCUUCACAACUAUUGGUACAUUGUCAGUGGCUUCAUCAGCAUCGUAGCCUACAUCGUGGCUGUCGCUUGCUGCUGCUACCGGCGGAAGAGUACGAUCGGCAACCGAAGCGCCCAAUGCAAACGGGAAAUCAAACUGACCAAGCGAGUGGCCCUUAUCGUCGUUACCACCUUCCUGUCAGGCGUGUUUCCCCUCACCCUG